GCACUACUACUAAUUUUACAGAUCUAACUUGUUAUGUUUUUUUUCACAGCGUAUUGUCAGGUAUUGUUUAGUAAUUUAUCCUUCCUUUGAUGAAAGCUUCCCUGGAUAAUUGUCUAAGGCUUGGAUAUUAUUUCGUAGGAUAUCCAAAUUCGAGAUUCGGCCAUUUUGAUAGAGUUUGAUGCGAACAGACGGCGAUGAUCAGCGAAUGAUGAAUUAUUAUGAAUGAUACAAUAAUGACUACAUGCAAUGGGUUCAAAGUGGAGUACACUGCCCAUGUGGGAAUGGAAGUUUGAUUGUUUCGGGCAAGACAGUGACGAUCAUAAAACGCCAAGAAACUCUGGUCGACCUCCGAAGUUUACACAUAACUGGACAGCUUUGCAUUAUGCUGCAAGUCAUGGAAACGCGGAGGAAAUUCAACAGAUUUAUAAAGCAGAAGGUACAGCAGGUAUAAACAGAAAGGAUUUCUAUGGGAAGUCUGCCCUCUAUUGGGCUGCUUACAAAGGUCACGCACACUGUCUGGAAGUUCUUAUCGAGAAUGGUGCAGAUGUCAACAGUCAAUGUAAACAUGGGCAGGCACCACUACAUGCUGUCUCAGCACUCUACCCAGAAUGCAUGGCAGUUCUCAUAAGGGCGGGAGCUGAUGUUGAUUUGACGGACAACUGGGGAGUGACGCCAAUGUACACUGCAGCAUGUAAUGGACAACUAGAGUGCAUAAGGCUGCUCGUCAAAGCUGGGUCAAAGUUCAGUUUCAUAAACCAAAAAACCGGUGUAAUACCAAAGCAACUUGCCAAACACCAGGAGAUGUGUAAAUGGUUGAGACAAGUUUCUCAAACGCCACGAACUCUGCAGGAACUAUGCGCCAUUGUUGUACGCAAACAACUAGGGCAGUACGGCUUACAGAGAAUAGAUAGCCUUGAGUUGCCAGACACUUUGCAAAAUUUUCUUCAGCUCAAAGAACUUAGAUCCAGUGAACUUACAAACAGCUAGUUACGUGUCAUAGAUAAGUCUUUGAAAAGCGGAAGUUGUAUCUGGGUAUAGUGGACAGUGAUGAGGGGGAAAUUGCCUCAGUGUCUCAGAUUUUAUAUGGAGUGAAAGUGGAUGAAACGGAUGUUUAAAAUUUCAUCAUUUGAAAUCAUAAUAAUUCUAUGUUAUUUUUAUAUUGUACACCAUUUGGCACGAUAAUGAGAGGUGAGGCUAGGCUCACCAUACUUAUCAGGUUUAUCAUCAUCUGGAUUUUCAACAAGAAAAAUAUUUGAAAGCAGCUAUGGGAAAAAAAAUUCACUUGAGUGUGCAAUGCAUUUUAAUGGUUAAAGGAGUCUACGAGGUUCAUGAUAGCUUUUUUGCAGAAUGCAUGUUUUUUGAACAAGCAUGAAUUAUUGAGAUGUGAACCAGGGGU